UAAUGGUAAUAUUAUUCACAGGACAGCAAACACUAUUUAAAGGGUUAUUUCUGUUUAUUAUUUUCGUGUAGGAACUAUCUAUUGCGCCUCUGGUGUUAGCGAGGGUUUGUAUCGGCGGAGUGAUACGAUGUGAAGCGGUCAUGAUUUGUUUUUAGUGAUCAGCUUUCUUUUACUUUUUGAGAUGGUCAUGAAGCGGUUCUGUGGAAGAAGCUUUACCGGAAAUAGUUUUAAUUCAGUAACCACAACGUUUAUUUUUUUUGUAAAGCUAGCGAUGAGGCUCUGACAAAUCAGUCUUUGUUUAAAUUAUCUCGAUACAAAUGGGAAGGUGUGCAAUAUAAUUUGGAAAUGAUUCCCGCCACCGGAAUGCAUUGUUGAAGCUUCUCUCCUCGCGCCAACAACAGACAGUAACUUCGUCCUGGGGAACGCUCAGGUCCAGUCCGUCUAUCCCAUCGUCUACUGCUCCGAUGGCUUCUGCGAGCUGACUGGCUUCGCCCGUGGCGAGCUGAUGCAGAAGAGCAGCAUGUGUCACUUCCUUUGCGGCAGCGAGACCAGCGAUCUCCUCACCUCGCAGAUGCAGAAAGCUCUGGAUGAACGUCGAGAGUUUAAGACUGAAAUCAUUCUGUACAAGAAGAGUGGUUCCAAGUUCUGGUGCCUGUUAGACAUUGUGCCCAUAAAGAACGAGAAGGGCGAGGUGGUUCUGUUCCUGGUGUCACAUAAGGACAUCACAGACAAUAAGGAUCAGGACCAUGCCGAUGAAUCUGAGACUGGUGAGAGAAAGCCCGGACAGGAAAAUGAGGAAACCGGCUUGGAGAUCCAUCCGGUCAGCCGGCCACCAGGCCUGAACAUGGAGCGCCGCCGCAGUCGCGCCGUCCUCUACCAGCUCUCUGGACACCUCCAGAAACAAGACAAAACCAAGAGCAAACUGAAGAUCAACAAUAAUGUUCUCGGAGCCAACGCCAACCCGGUCCCAGAGUACAAGGUGGCGGACGUUCAGAAGUCUCGUCUCAUCCUCCUCCACUACGGUGCGUUCAAGGCCGGCUGGGAUUGGCUGAUCUUGUUGGCGACCUUCUACGUGGCCGUCACCGUUCCCUACAACGUCUGCUUCACCGCGGUGGAGAUACGAGAGGACGGCCCAUCGGCGGCACGUCACCCUCCGAGUGUCAGCGAUAUCUUGGUGGAGAUACUUUUCAUCAUCGAUAUCGUGCUGAACUUCCGCACCACCUUCGUGAGCACAUCUGGUCAGGUGGUGUACGACGCCCGCAGCAUCUGCAUUCACUACGUCACCUCCUGGCUGUUUGUGGAUCUGAUCGCCGCCUUGCCCUUUGACCUGCUCUACGCUUUCAAUAUCAGUGUGAACUUUGGGGUUCACCUUCUGAAGACGGUGCGCCUGCUCCGUCUCCUGCGCCUCCUACAAAAGCUGGACCGCUACUCUCAGUACAGCGCCGUGGUCCUCACCCUGCUCAUGUCCACAUUCGCCCUGCUGGGCCAUUGGAUGGCCUGCGUCUGGUACUUCAUCGGACGCAGUGAGAUCGAAAGCAACAGCCCCGUCACCUGGGAUAUAGGCUGGCUCCAUGAACUGGCCAAACGCCUGGGAACGCCGUACUUCCUGGCACCGCUGACCUCGCUGUUGGGAGUCCCCGACGUGGAGCCGCUCCACGGGUCCGCCGGGCUGCCGGGCUCCGGCCAAGGGAACGGCAGCAGGGCCAGAGCGAGGACGGCCGGCGGCUCGGGGACGACGCUGAGCGGCGGCCCGUCCGUCAGGAGCUCCUACGUGACGUCGCUGUACUUCGCUCUGAGCAGUCUCACCAGCGUGGGCUUCGGCAACGUUUCAGCCAACACAGACGCCGAGAAGAUCUUCUCCAUCUGCACCAUGCUGAUCGGAGCUUUGAUGCAUGCUGUGGUGUUUGGAAAUGUGACCGCCAUCAUCCAGAGGAUGUACUCGCGCCGCUCCCUCUACCAAACCCGCACCAAGGACCUGAAGGACUUUAUCCGUGUGCACCGGCUGCCCAAGGCCCUUGAGCAACGCAUGAUGGAGUGUUUCCAGACGACCUGGUCCGUCAACAACGGGAUCGAUGUCAGCGAGCUGCUGAAGGACUUUCCAGAUGAGCUGAGGGCCGACAUCGCCAUGCAUCUGAACAACGAGCUGCUGCAGCUGUCGCUGUUUGAGUCGGCCAGCAGGGGGUGUCUGCGCUCGCUCUCCCUCAUCAUUAAGACGUCCUUUUGCGCUCCCGGGGAGUUCCUCAUACGCCAGGGAGACGCCCUGCAGGCCAUCUACUUUGUGUGCUCUGGCUCCAUGGAAGUACUUAAGGACAACACUGUGCAGGCCAUUCUCGGUCGAGGCGACCUGAUUGGCUCGGACUGUCUGACCCAGGAGGAAGUGAUCAAGACCAACGCCUGUGUGAAGGCCCUGACCUACUGUGACCUCCAGUACAUCAGCCUCAAAGGCCUGCGCGAGGUGCUCGGCCUCUACCCCGACUACGCCCAGAAGUUCAUCACCGAGAUCCAGCACGACCUGACGUACAACCUCCGGGAGGGACACGACACCGAGGCGGACUGCGAGAGCAACGGAGAGAUCCCCAAGAAGCUCGCCUCCAUCAAGGAGGUGGAGGAGGGAUCGGGGUCCGAGGGGGAGCACUCCCCUGUCCCCAAGAUGCCUCCCCUGGGCCGGCUGGGCCGAGGCCUGCGCUCCCCACUGCGCUCGCCCCUCCGCUCCCCGCUGCUCCCCCAGAGGGCCUUUAGAGCGGCGAGCGACCCCUCGCGGCCCGCCAGCCUGCAGAUCCCCGUGGUGCGCUUCAGCUGCCUGCAGCCGGACCUCAGCCCGCGGUUUGUUGAUGGGAUCGAGACGGAGAACCAAAGUGGUUCAGCACAGAAGUUUGAUUUUUCUCCCAGUGCGACGCAGAGUUUCCUCCCCAGCCCUGAUUCAGGUGCCCCAGCGGCCCGCGAGGAAGACGACACCAUGCAGACUAUUGCUAUGCUGAAACACGAGAUGAGCGUCCUCUCCCAUCAGGUGACCGCUGUCAGUCAGGAGCUGCAGGAAAUGACUCGUCUUCUCAAGCCCCUCUUCCACAGCCCCUCCGUGCUGGCGAUACCUGUGACUCCGCCUCCCAGCGUCCUGUCGCACAGCUGCUCCCCGGCCCUCCUCGCCCAACGCGCCCCCACGGACUGUUUGGGCGAUCAAUCCGUCCCGCUGCCCGGAGAGAUUGACACGCUGCAGUGUCCCUCCUCUCGCCCCGUCAUCUCCCAUCCUCCUCGGGUUCUUGAUCCCACCUGCACCGCUCCACCAGUCUGCCAUCGCUCGGCUCCGCCGUCACUCAACAGCUCUCCCCGCGAGUACACAGUCAUGCCACACCCCCUACCCUCCUCCUCCUCCUCCAUCCCCUCUCUCUCCUCAUCAACCCACCCGUCAUAUAUCACUCCCCUUUUGGUGGACUUAUCAGAGCCUGAUCGUGAGCAUCCUCAGUCCCGUCUCCACCUCCUGUCCCAGGCUGAGCUCACUCCCUGGUCUCAUCCCCGCCUGCAAGAACCCCACCCGGACCUGCAACAGGUGGAGUGGGGGGAGCACACCGCAAAGCUCAGCUUCAUCAACGAAGGACAGCCCUCUGUGUGAGAAGAGAAGAUCCGGACCGACCAGCAUGCCGCACAACUUACUGCAUGACAAACGUUUGUCCGAAGGUCGGCAUGCCAGGUGAAAAUGUAAAUAGGUCGAUUUUAAACUUAAACUUAUCAUGAAUAAUGAUCGUGAGCAGUUCUGUAUGCAGUUCUGAUAAUAAAAUAGUUUGUUUUACAGUUUCA